UAUGCCUUUCUUCCCACCGCUACACGAAUCUCGCGCGCAUUGCACCGCAGCGCUCGCUUUAGGCAUGCCAGACUUGCCACCGGGAUGGAGCUUCAGCAACAGUGAGGGCUCUCACGCAGCACCUCCUCCACGCCCUCAAGAAGACCUAGAGGACUCCGACGAAGAUCUGGAAUUGGCGGUGGACAUUCAACCCGACAGUCCUGGCUGGGAAGAUGUCGAGCCGGGCAACGACAUUGAAACGACAAGCUACAAAUGUCUCAUUUGCCCGGAGAACUUUGACGACGCCGGCAAAAUGCUAGACCACUGCCGCUCCGAGCAUUCCUUUGACUUUUUGGAGAUCCGCAGACUGCAUGCCCUGGACUUUUACUCGACGAUCAAACUCGUAAACUACAUUCGUUCGGCAGUGGCAGAUGGCAAGCCGCCUGAUGUGCCGGAUUUGGCGGAUCCGGCGGUGUGGGCAGAUGAUCGGUUCAUGAAGCCGGUGUUGGAGGACGACGCACUCUUGUACAGCUUGGAUGAGGUGGUGGAUUUCGGAGGCGAUGGGCCCGUCCAGGAUGUGGUGUCAGGCUGAACCUCUCGCUCCUCCCAGUCCGCACGCAUGCAAGACUUCGUUCUACCCUGGGCAGUUGCGAAUCGGAUUACUGUCAGUUGAUUGGCAUUGCUCGAAGGCUUGGGCUAGCUGCAGGACAGAUGGCAGAUGUGAAAGCACAGCAUUGGCCGAGGCAGUGGCCGAUUCGAAGGAAAGAUGACACCUCACACGGCCUGGAGUCAAGGCGAGCGACCUUGGUCCGAACAGAGCCGGGCAGACGGAAGGUGUGGUUGAGUCAUCCUGCUACACCAUAACCUCCGCCAUUGGAAGAUCAACACCUAAUAAAAUCACACCUUGUUCCAAUGUGAGAUCCACCGUAUCCGCAGAUCACCAUUAGCUUUUCAAAGCAGUAAUGCUGGGGACCAGACGGUAGUGUCCCACCACCUUAAUUGACGCGAGACACGUCUUGUAAAUCUCAAGACUCACCAUUGGCCCGGCAUGGUCACCCACAACAUCUGUGGAAUGUCUUGAGCAGCGUCGA